AUGGGUAAGCAAGCAGAUUUUGUGAUAGUUGGGGGCAGGAAGUGGGUCUUUGAGUUGAUGCAAGCUGUUCAGAUGAAUCAGGAACUAGAUGCCCUUGCCAGAGCUUUGACUAUUCAGACACGUGUUUCAUUCAGAACAGCCAUAGAGGUCAUGAACUUAGCAGAGGGUAAUGGGGGUGUUGUUAAAGGAAGAAGAAAUAAAAUGCAGUGGUAUGAAGGGUUGAAGGGAAAUAAUGGACCAGGAAAGCUUUCAGUAGCAGAGAUCACCAAUGCCUGCUUUGUGGCAGCCAACCAGACGGUGAAAUGUGAGCCUCACCAUGGGAAAUACAUGGCUUGCUGCCUCUUGUACCAUAGUGAUGUGGUGCCCAAAAAUGUCAAUGCUGCCAUUACCACUAUCAAGACCAAGUGUACCAUCCAGUUUGUGGACUGGUACCCCACUGUCUUAAUUGGAAUUAAUUACCAGCCUCCCACUGUGGUACCUAGUGGAGACUUGGCCAAGGUCCAGAGAGCUGUGUACAUGCUGAGCAACACGACAGCCAUCGCUGAAGCCUGGACUCACCUAGAUCACAAGUUUGAUCUGAUGUAUGGCAAGUGUGCCUUUGUGCACUGGUAUGUGGGUAAGGUCAUGGAGGAGGGGUUCUCUGAGGCCCAUGAGGACAUGGUGUCCCUAGAGAAAGAUUAUGAGGAAGUUGGUGUGGAUUCUAUUGAAGGAGAGGGUGAGGAAGAGAGAGAAUACUAA